GUCGGCGAGGUCGCGGGGUGCGCGGUGAGCGCCGGCCGCCGUCGCUCCGCCCGGCCGGUCGCGCCUCAGGUCCGCCCGCCCGCGCGCGCCCCGCGGGCCCAUGGCGGCGACAGGUGCGGGCGCGCGGCGGCUUGCCGGGCUGCCGCGGGCCGGGCGCGCCCCUCGCUAACGCGCGCGUAACUUUUCCUCGCCGCGGCCCCCCGCGGCCUCCGCGCCACGCCCCCCGGGCCGCCGCCCCGCCGAGGUGCCGUCUGCCGGCCGCCGCGGGAGCGAGGAGCGCCGGGCGGCGCGGCUCCACCAUGGCUCUGACCCUGUUCGAUACAGAUGAAUAUAGACCUCCUGUUUGGAAAUCUUACUUAUACCAGCUGCAGCAGGAAGCCCCUCACCCUCGAAGGGUCACCUGCACUUGUGAGGUAGAAAACAGACCAAAGUAUUAUGGAAGAGAGUAUCAUGGCAUGAUCUCUAGAGAAGAGACUGACCAGCUCCUGAGUGUGGCUGAGGGGAGCUACCUCAUCCGUGAGAGCCAGCGGCAGCCAGGAACGUACACUUUGGCUUUAAGAUUUGGAAGUCAGACCAGAAACUUCAGGCUGUACUACGAUGGAAAGCACUUUGUUGGGGAGAAACGCUUUGAGUCCAUCCACGAUCUGGUGACUGAUGGCUUGAUUACUCUCUAUAUUGAAACCAAGGCAGCAGAAUACAUUGCCAAGAUGACGAUAAACCCAAUUUAUGAGCACAUAGGAUACACAACCUUAAACAGAGAGCCAGCAUACAAACAGCACAUGGCAGUCCUGAAAGAGACACAUGAUGAGAAAGAGGCUACAGGCCAGGAUGGGGUGUCAGAGAAAAGGUUGACAUCACUUGUUAGAAGAGCAACUCUGAAAGAAAAUGAACAAAUUCCAAAAUAUGAAAAGGUUCACAAUUUCAAGGUGCAUACGUUCCGAGGGCCACACUGGUGUGAAUACUGUGCCAACUUCAUGUGGGGCCUCAUUGCUCAGGGAGUGAAAUGUGCAGAUUGUGGGUUGAAUGUUCACAAGCAGUGUUCCAAGAUGGUCCCCAAUGACUGUAAGCCAGAUCUGAAGCACGUGAAGAAGGUGUACAGCUGUGACCUGACAACGCUCGUGAAAGCUCACAUCACCAAGCGGCCAAUGGUGGUAGACAUGUGCAUCAGGGAGAUCGAGUCCAGAGGUCUGAAUUCUGAAGGACUCUACCGAGUGUCAGGAUUUAGUGACCUGAUUGAAGAUGUCAAGAUGGCUUUUGAUAGAGAUGGUGAGAAGGCGGAUAUUUCUGUGAACAUGUAUGAGGACAUCAACAUUAUCACUGGUGCACUUAAACUGUACUUCAGGGAUCUGCCAAUUCCUCUCAUCACAUACGAUGCCUACCCCAAGUUCAUUGAGUCUGCCAAAAUUAUGGACCCCGACGAGCAAUUGGAGACCCUUCACGAAGCACUGAGAUCACUGCCGCCUGCCCACUGCGAGACGCUCCGGUACCUCAUGGCACAUCUCAAGAGAGUGACCCUUCACGAGAAGGAGAAUCUGAUGAGUGCAGAGAACCUUGGGAUCGUGUUUGGACCGACCCUCAUGAGAUCCCCAGAGCUCGACCCCAUGGCCGCCCUGAACGACAUACGCUACCAGAGACUCGUGGUGGAGCUGCUCAUCAAAAACGAAGACAUUUUAUUCUAGAGUUUUGAUUUGAGGAGAAGAGAAAUGGUUUACAGAUGAAGGAAUGUUUUCUAGUAAUUUAAUUAGCUUCAUUAGCUGAAUUGUUUCUUCGUUAGAGGUUUGGCCAAAUACCCAGAUUAAAAUGAAGGAACUUCCUGUCAUUUAUAUAGCACCGCUCAGCUGUCCUUGUAAAACAGUGCACACAUGCUUUCUGGUCUCGGUAACCCUGGGUGUCUAUCAUGUUAAGAGAAACUCAAGCUACUGCAUGAUUACCCCUUUUUGGUGAGGAAACCCCACAUUGAGGAAUCACAGACUCGUGCCUGCACCACCUCUGUCCUGGGUUGUCUGUGGUUGUCGCCCAGCAUGCUUCCCAGAGUAAACUGUCAUGACUUUGCUUUUGGGGUCCAUGCCAUUGGUUUCUGAUGCUUGCACACACGCACACACACACACAUAAGCAGUGCCCUGGCUGUUACAUCACCAUCCCCAUACCAUAUGCCAACUCCACAACGGUUCCUUUCCAGCUUCUUCCUCCUCCUCUGACAUAGCGCUUUGUCCUCAGCAGAAGCCAGAUGUGUUUCAGAUGUUACUUCAGUACGCUAUCAAUAAAAAUGCACCACACAACGUUUUCUGUUAAAUUAUUGGUUUUCAACUGUAAAUUUAUAUUUUUACCUGGCAUGCAGUUAUUAAUUUAUUAAAUUUGGCUUUUAGAAAUCAAAAACACUUAUAGCUUUUUUUCUUGCUGUGGGACGAAUAGCUAGAAAACUAUGUUUGGCAUUUAUUAACAUCAAUUACUUCUCUAGCCUGACAUUAAAAUAUUGUGGUAAUCUCCUAAAAUAACUUAA